AUGAACUACCCUGGUUGCACAGGGAAUGGCUCAGAUUGUCGAUUGGAAUCGAUUUUAUGGUCCACUUAAAGCUUAGCAGCUCUUUUUACAGAUUUUCCAUGUCUGGAAGCGAAAGUCGUUUUGAGUCUGUUGCAGAAGCUCUUCUUGCGUAGAGCCAUUCCAAAUGCGUCUCGGACUUCCAAGCAAGAAAUUUUUUUCCAGUUGUCGGGCUUCUGGGCGAUUUUGGCGCUGGAGAGCGUCGCGGCGACGUCGGCCGCCGUUCUAUGCGUCUUUGCCGCCGUCGUCUGCAUCAGAACUCGGAGUUUCCAUGCUUAUUUUCGGUUGGAUUAGAAAAAAGGCCCUUUUCUCCAUUCCGCGAAAUUCCAGAGCCAUUUUGGUUGGACUUCUAGCAGUCCUUUUCCUCUACGUGUUCGUCGACGUUUUCAACCCGAUAACUGCGGCUUUUCCCGAGUUUGUCGACUCGAUAUACCUGAGUAAUUCUUUCGUUUCGAUAUGAUCUGUUUUAUAAUCUUUGCCGGCGGGUUCGAAACAUGAAACACUUGGAAUAAUCUUGAAAACGGCUGUGUGCAUUUUUAAGGGGCCAUUUUAGGGUUUUGACGUUCUAGCGGCCAAUAUAGUAGUAGAAUUAAAGUUUUCACUUAAGGGAAAAAAAUGUGAUGGGCUCUUCAGAAGUGUAAUUGAUGCUACUAGACUAUUAAUAAAUCCUAUAGUGGUCACUAAGAUGCGUAAUAGUGGCUUCCAUAGAGGUGGUUUUAGUGGCCACUUUAGAAUCCUCUCCAAGAAGCCCUUGAGGGGCCUCUUAAGUGGCUGCUAAAGUCUUACCCCAGUGACUAAUCUUUUGACCUGGAAAAAAAGGUUCUCAAAAGAUUGCACAAGGAAAAAGAAAAUGAAUCUUCCGGCAUUAAUAAACUGUCUCAAACGAUUUUCUAAAAAAGGAAGUAUUUUUUCAGAUCCGAUCCGAUGGUGGAGCCAAACGACCGUUUUUCAAUUGCUAACAGUCGUUUUUCUCUUGAUUUGCCUGGAAAGAUUAGCCGCUGUCGCCUAUUUUGAGUCCUACCAAAAAUUCCAAUCACCCUGGCCCGUUUUUAUCGCCUUUUUGAUUGCGGUAAAACUUUUUUCUCAAUCAUUUCUUAAAUUAAAAACUUCAGACCGUUCUAACUGCCAUCUUUCGCCUGCUCUACAAGCUCUGUGAGUUUCUUUUUUUCAUUAAAAUAAUGGAAAAAAAGAACUUUUACAGACAAAAUCCGGACCCUGUUCUCCUGCGUAUUCCUGGAUGCUUUUACUCUAUUGGUAUAUUCGAAAAAUCAUAAGAAAAAAAUUUUUUGCACAGGUUCUUCUCUACUCGAGACAUAAAAAUCGUCAAUUAUUCAGUCAAAGCAUUGGAAAUACAUUGUCGACAAAAUAUCAGGUAAAAGUUUAGAAAAGUUGAGCUAAAGGAACAGAAUAGUAAGAAAAAAGCACUUGGGAAAUUUAGGCCGUACCGAAAGAAAUCUAAAGACGUCAUGUAUGCUCCACUGAACACUAAAAAAAAGAAGUUUGAAAACUUGAAUUUUUUCUAGUUUUCUUUCAACAAUAAACAGACAGAAGUCGUUAAAUAUUGAACUUAGCCAAAAUUUUUGAAACUGAACUGAAAAAUUAUUUUAGAUGAAUGGGUCCUUAUACUUAAAAAAAUUCAGUGAAAUCAUCAUUUUUUUUUGAGCUUUUUAAAUUUAAAUUUCAGGAACCGCUCUCAAUUAAAAAUUCGUGAGCAUUGAGUUUAUUCGAAAGGUUCAAAAGUUGACAGGCAAAAAUAAUUUUUUUGAAGUUUUUUUCCCUGAAGAUAUCAUUGGUUUUGAAACGAAAAAUAGCAUUGGUUUUGAAAAAAAAAAUAGUUCUAAAGUUUUUAAAUUAAUACUUACAGUAGAAUUAAUUUUAAAAUUUUUUUCCUACAUUUCAAGUUUAACUGUACCCACAAAAAUUAUAUAAUUUGAAUUUUCAAUUUUCAGAUAAGUGA